AUGGAUGAAUAUAAGAAGUACCUGGCGGACCAGAUCCUCAGUGAGGAGAAAAUUGUUACAUAUCGGAGCCUCAGCAGGGCACUCAAAGUCCAUGUUAACACAGCAAAGGGAAUGCUCUAUGACUUCCAUCGGUCACAGAAUGGAAUGCGCCCUGGCACAAUCCAUGCAACCUACCUGAUCUACGGUACUCGAAUAGCACAGAAGGUCCAGGAUGAUGGUGAUGUUGAGAUGACCAGCUCUCCUCCUGACAUCGAACCCGUUUCUGAAGACAUUGUCACCCAUUCCAUGUCCCUUGUCCCUGGCGAUCUCCUGAAAGAGACUCUUGCUACAUAUGAAGAAGUUUCCUCGUUCCACAUAUACAGUCUGGCGAGACUUCCCACCAGGGACUUGCAACUUCUAGCAGACGUUCAUCAACAAAUCAAGGAGCAGUCGACAAACGAAAGCGCAUCCAUGGCAGUGACAUAUGGCACCAUCACCAACCCUAAUGUCCGCAAACGCACCCGUCAGGGCAGGGGGCCAGUUCCUACACCCGUUGCUGCGGCACCGGUGGCCAAGCCUGUCAAGAAGGAAGUGGCACCAUCUGCAGCCAAGCCCGCAGUCCCUGAAGUCAAAGCAGAAGAACCUGUCAAGCAGGAGUCGAGUGGGCCAACAAAAGACGCACCCUCGUCCACAGCGACAGCGAAGAAGGGCGCGGCGCCACCAUCGUUGAAGAAAAGCGGCUCGUCUGGCAUCUCGGGGAUGUUUGCCAAAGCUGCAGCGAAAGCAGCAUUGAAGCCGAAAGAGGCCCCGAAACCGACCCCCGUCGAGGCACCUGCAUUAUCUGAUGAUGGCGAGGACGACGACGACGAUAUUCCCGCCGCGAAGGUCCCAGCCAACUCUGGAAGAAAGUCACGAAGGGACCGCGAGGCUGAGCUGAAGAUGAUGAUGGAUGAGAGCGAGGAAGAGGAAGAGCCCGAAGAGAAUGAGGAAGAGCCUUUGGACGAGCCGAUGGACGAGGCUCUAGAGACAGAAGCGAAACACGAACCUGAGCCUGCGGAAGUCGUCUCUAGCGCGGGCGACGGCCGUCGGCGUGGCAAGCGGAGAGUCAUGAAGAAGAAGCAGAUCAUGGACGAUCAGGGUUACCUUGUUACUAUUCAAGAGCCGUCUUGGGAAGAGUUCUCUGAAGAUGAGGCGCCCCCGCCGCCCGCUAAGGUGGCGAAGACUUCAUCUGCGCCAAGUUCGGGAAGCCAGGCUGCGAAGCCGAAGAAGCCUGCUCCCAAGGGACAGGGCAACAUCAUGUCAUUCUUCUCCAAGAAAUGA